GAGGCAGAGACUCAUCUUUUUACAUUUUAAUAAAUUUACCAUCGAUAAUUUUCCAAAGUAUUUCAUAGUUAACUUUUAAACAAUGGCGUUCACUAUGGUAAUGGUUUUGUUGCUACCAGUGGCAGCGCUGUCGCUUAAUGUGGAACUGAUGCCACGGGAUCCGGUGUUCAGAGCUGGCGAUAGCCAGACGCUGAGCUGUAGCGUAAAGGGCUGCUCCGAAGACCCUACCUUUGUGUGGACCUCUUUAGAAGACAAGCCUCUGAUGGGGAAGAUUCAGACAGUGGGCUCGCAAUCGCUCCUCACCUUCGACCGUGUAACUAGAGCGCAUGAGAACUUGGUUGUGUGCAAAGUCCGCUGCGGGAGUGAACUGAAAUCACAGCAUACCUCCGUGCGCGUGUACUCUUUCCCAAGUGAUCCUGUCAUAUCUGGGAAUGAUCACAUGCUAGUGGGUCAAGAAAAUGUUCUUACAUGCAAGGUGCCUGACGUCUACCCUUCGGAGUACCUGGAGAUUGAGUGGCUACAGGGGAACACGGUUGUUCACACAGACGAGGGGAGAGUGGACAUUUCAACUGUUUCUUCCAGAUACACUUUCACACCAACAUCAGAGGAUAAUGGCAAGACCAUUACUUGUAGAGCCAGUCAUAGUUUUGAAGGAGUGCCCGAGGACCAGAAGAUAAAAGAAACUCUUGCUUCCCUCAACGUGCAGUAUGCACCCAGAGAUAUUAAAAUAUCAGAGGCAGUCACUGUGAAAAUGGGAACGAGUUUCCAGCUGACGUGUAGCGCAGAAGGAAAUCCACGACCAGUGACCUUGUGGAGGAAACAAGGACAGUCUGAGGCGGUUGGUUACAACAAGACCCUCGUCAUUCAUAAUGCUACAACGUUCCACAGCGGCGAGUAUGAGUGCCAGACAAGGAACGUGCUGGGAGACCUUUCAGCCACAGUCAAUGUCAUUGUCCAAGCUCCACCCAGGGACACGACCAUUGUAGUGAGCCCCACCAGUGGGCUCAAGGAAGGGGACAACGUGACCAUUUCUUGCCACUCUGAUAUGGUGCCAGCAGGCCGCGUGGCCCUGCGCAGAGUGUCUGAGGACCAGAGGACAGAGCUGCAGUCCAGCUCCAACUCCUCCACCUCCAUCACCCUGCCCUCCAUCCAGCUGGCUGACUCCGGCCUGUAUGAGUGUGAGGCUGUCAACGAGUAUGGGAGCCAGAGAGCCAGCGCCCAGGUCUCGGUUGCAGUGCAUCCACUUGAGGUGGUGAUUAAGCCAGGAGAGGGUAUGAUCACAGCAGAGAGGGGAUCCAGCCUGGUCUUGGCCUGCAGUGCCACAGACUGCUCCAACCCGGCCUUCUUCUGGAAGACCCUCCUUGAUGGGCCCGUCCACAACCAUGCUGAGACCCAGGGCUCCACCUCAAAGCUCUUCUUCAGCCCGGUAGAACUGGGCGAUGAGAGAGCCUACACCUGCGAAGUCAAGUGUGGUUCGGUCCGCAAAGUCAAGCACACCGAAAUAAAGGUGUUCUCCUUUCCCGCAGAUCCUGUCAUCGAGAGCGGCGCGGCCCUCCGGGAGGGCGAGGAGUCCGUCCUGCUCUGUACCGUCCAGGACGUGUUCCCCGCCAGCCUCCUGCAGAUCCAGUGGCUGGUCCAGGAGGACAAGGUGCUGCUCACCGAGGAAGGCUCCUUUGACAACGCGCUGCAGAACAUGACCUCCGUGCUGUCCUUCACACCCACGGCGGGUGACCAGGGCAGGCAGAUCACCUGCAGGGCCACUUUGAAAAUGGAGGGCGUCCCCGUGAGCAGGAGACAGAGGUCGGCUGUGACCACCAUGACUCUUCAGUAUGCCCCCAGGGACACGACCAUUGUGGUGAGUCCCGCCUCUGUGCUGAAGGAGGGGGACAGUGUGACCAUUUCUUGCCACUCUGAUAUGGUGCCAGCAGGCCGCGUGGCCCUGCGCAGAGUGUCUGAGGACCAGAGGACAGAGCUGCAGUCCAGCUCCGACUCCUCCACCUCCAUCACCCUGCCCUCCAUCCAGCUGGCCGACUCCGGCCUGUACGAGUGCGAAGCCAUCAACGAACAUGGGAGCCAGGGAGCCAGCGCCCAGGUGAUUGUCAAAGGGCCCCCCAGGAACACCACAGUCCAGGUGCUCCCCUCCCCGUAUGUGCAGGAGGGUCAGAACGUCACCAUUUGCUGUAAGACCGUGAGCUUCCCCCCUCCCGCCGUCAUCCUUAAACUGGGCAAUGGCACAGAGAUUUACUCCGCCGACGGCAACUUCCUCCUGGUGAACCUCACGCCCAGCGAUGCGGGCGAGUACCAGGUCAAUGUCACCAAUGACCUGGGUUACGAGACGGAAAUCUUCACUAUCAGUGUACUGGAGAGGCAGUCCAGCCCUCCACCCAGCUGGAAUAACUUUGUCAUACCUGUCAUUGGCCUGGGAGGCCUGGUGAUGACGGCGACUGUAACCGGCCUGGUUGUCCACUACCUGAACCAGGCCAGGAAAAGGGGAUCGUACGAGCUGGCCAAGUGCAAUCCCAGCACUGUAUAAACAGCCACUCACGGAUGUCAUUGUGGAUUCACUCACGGAUGUCAUUGUGGAUACCAACAAAGCUAACAUGGAGGAAUGACUGAUGAUGGGGAGGCCACAGGAGAGCACAAAGGACUGAUUCUCCCAAGCUGAUGUUGGUAUUACAGUUGGUAUUACAUCAGUGUUGACGGUUUCAUUUCAGUGGACAUCUGCAGAGGGACAGCGCGGUUUGUUACUAUUUGUACUGGUUGUUCGCCAGGCUGCGUUGGACACGCAUUAAAGACUAUAUAUGUUCAGGUCGGCUUUGUCGGACAACUCCUGUAGAUAAAUACUGAAAGACUGCAGUGACUGUCAAAUGCACAGGAUAAAGCCCUUUCCCCUAUCUUCAGCUCCUCUGGUUCUGGGCAGCUUUCACUCAAACCACUAAGGUCAGCAUUAGCACAGGAAAGGUGAAUGUAAUUUCUUUCAAGAGACUGUUGUUUUAUGGUAGAAGCUGAUGUUAGCCAUGAUAAAAGAUGCUUAGCUAUCUUAAAUGUACUUUUACCAAGCAAACGCAUAUUGAAAGAAUGCUGGAACAGCUUUAAGCCAGCAACUGAAUUAAUUGUGCAAUUUCUUGCUUAUAAUGUACAUUAAAUGGUCGAUUAGGACAUAGAUUAGAACUUUAUUUCUAUUUCUACCCUAAUAGGUCAUUCUUAAAUCAGGAAUCUGAAAAGGAUGGGAAAGAUGUAUACAGUGCUGUAAUACUCUGAGAGUGAGACAGUAAUAAGCCUAGAAGAUCCCAGCCGAUGGAUACUACUGGUUAAAUAACUGAUGGCAAUGAAACAGUCACUGUAAUCCCUUGACAUUCCUUUGAUUACCGAAUCAAGUGAUCUUCACUGAUUAAUCCUAUACUGUUUGCAUCAACUUUAAAUCUGAUAGGGCCAGUUUGGUACAUUUUUGUUUCAAAUGUGUGAUUUUAUCUAGA